GGGCGCUGCCGCCCUUGGCCGCGCGGGGGCGCCGCAGCCGCGCUCGCUCCGCCCCGGCGGGACGGGACCGGCCCGAGGUCCCCGCGCAGCCCCGGCGGCUCCGGGCGCUGCCGCCGCCGGGGUCGCGCCGAGCCUGCCCCGCUCCGACGAAACGUGACAGGCGCCUGCCCGGGAUGAUGCACAACGAAGGGCAAGGAUUGUUCUGAGGAGGAGGCUGAAUGGAAGGGAAAAAGGCACGUGAGAAGGAUGGCAAGCUGUGCUUCAUGACGACCUCCCGCAGCAUGUUCUACGGGCCGUCCUCCACCAUGGCCCCGCCGUCCAAGGGCCGCCUGAAGCGCCAGAGCCGCCUCUUCUCCCAGGUGCUCUACCGCACCCUCAGCUACAAGGACCGCGGCUCGGCCGCCCCGGAGGACGACCCCGCCGAGCUCUCCACGCAGCUCUCAGCCCCCGGCAUCCUGAAAAUCUUCGGGGGCAACAUCUGCGCGGGCACCAACUACAAGAGCGUGCUGGUGACGGGCAGCUCCGGGGCGCGGGAGCUGGUGAAGGAGGCCCUGGAGCGCUACGGGCUGAGCCAGCUCAGCGCCGCGCAGUACGCGCUCUGCGAUGUCAUCGGCCGCUUCCAGGGCCCCGAGAGGCAGUGGCACACGGAGGGGCUGAGGGUGCUGGGCGAUCAUGAGAAGCCCCUGCUCAUCCAGGACCUCUGGAAGCCCAGGGAGGGCUUCUCGCGCCGGCUGGAGCUGCGCAGGAGGGCGGAGGUGGAGGAGAUGGCGGCCAGGGACGUGGACACCACCACUGCAGGCAUCAACGCCCAGGCGCGGAAGCUGCAGCGGCACCGGGCGCGGGGGGCCCGGCGGGCGGCGGGCGCUGAGCGGCGCGGGCCGCCCCCGGCCCUGCGGCGCAGCCUCAGCGAGACCAGCCUGGGGACCCCGGCGCGGCGGGCAGCGAGCGGGGCCGGCAGCGGGGCCGGGGCCCGGCUCCAGCGGCACUGCUCCACCCUGCCCGGCAGCCCGGCGGCGGCGCGGAGCGGCGGCAGCAGCAGCAGCAGCAUGCGGUACUCCCUCUACCAGUCCCCGCACCUCCUACUCCUGCAGGGCUACAGCCAGCAGCAUGACAGCUUGGUGUACCUGCUGAACCGCGAGCAGCACACGGUGGGCCAGAGGACGCAGGCGAGCAAGCCCAGCAUCAGCCUGUCAGCCCCCGACAUCCUGCCCCUGCACUGCACCAUCAGGAAGCUCCGACCUUCCCGGCAUCGCUCCGAGGAGAGGCUGGUGCUGGAGCCCAUCGCCGGCGCCGGAGUCUCCGUCAACUUCGCCGAGGUGGCGCGGACGGUGGUGCUGCGGCACGGGGACCUGCUGUCCCUCGGCCUCUACUACCUGCUCCUCUACAAGGACCCCACCAAGGCGCAGCCGCUGCCGGCGCAGACCCUGCUGAGGCUGCGGGCCCUGCACCCCGAGGGUCCGCACGUGUGUGGGGCGUGCGGCAGCCUGCUGAGGGAGAAGAAGGACCCUGCGGCCAAAAAGCGGGGCCCCUCGCCCGCCCGCGGCCCCAGGACGCCCCGCAGGAAGCUGCAGCUGGAGUUCGAGCCGGCGGCCGAGGAUGUGCUGCUGCGGCGCAUCAUGACCCUGAUCGAGCCCGGGGGGGACGACCACAAGCUGACCCCCGCCUUCCUGCUCUGCCUCUGCAUCCAGCACUCGGCCACCAACUUUGAGCCGGGAGACUUCGGGCAGCUGCUGCUCAAAGCGGCCAAAAUGAUCCAGAGGACGGUGUGGGAGCGGACGCGGGAGCUGGCGGAGAAGCAAUCCCAGCACCAGGACCCUGCCACCCUGUCCCGCUUCACCAUCUCAGACCUUCUCCCAGACCUGCAGCACAUCAUCUUCUGGAUGGCCAAUGCCAUCGAGAUCCUCUACUUUGUCCAGCAGAAAUCACCCACCUACAUCCAGAGCAUGGAGGAAGAGCUGGACAUCAAAGGCUCCAAGGAGUCUCUGUUCUCCUCGACCAUCACGGCCAGCGAGGAGGCGAUGACGGUGCUGGAGGAGGUGAUCAUGUACACCUUCCAGCAGUGUGUCUACUACAUCUCCAAGUGUCUGUACGUGUCGCUGCCUGCCCUGCUGGAGUGCAACCCCUUCCAGAGUGAGUGCCGGGAGAGCUGGCGGGGCACCCCGCCGCUGCCCGAGGAGCUCCGCAGGGUCGUGCUCAUCUACCAGGCCGUGCUGGACCUGCUCCACCAGUACGAGGUGCACCCCGAGAUCACCUCCCAGAUGUUCGCCUACCUCUUCUUCUUCUCCAACACGCUGCUCUUCAACCAGCUCCUGGAUAAGGGCUCCUCUCUCGGCUGCUACCACUGGUCCCAGGGGGUGAAGCUGCGGGCCAGCGUGCGCCUGCUGCUGGAGUGGCUGCGCGGCGCCGGCUUCGAGCAGCUGGCCCAGCAGUUCUUCGCCAAACUCGCCAGCGUGGCCAACCUGCUGGCCAUGCCCGGCUCCCAGCUGGUGCAGAUGUCCUGGCCAUCCCUGCGAGCCGAGUUCCCGGCGCUGAGCCCGGCGCAGCUGCACCGCGUGCUGAGCCAGUGCCAGGCAGUGAUGGAUGUGGGCUGCAUCUCAGCCUGGCAGCCCAGCGAGGAGGAGAGCCCGGCCACCUUCCAGCCCGAUGAGAUGCUGGAGUCCUUCGACAACCACCCACCCAUCAUCCUGCCCAGCGGGGGCUUCAAAGUGGACCUGGAGGUGGAGACGUUGGACGACAACAUCUACAGACAUCUCCUCUACAUUCGCCACUUCCUCUGGAGCCUGCAGAGCAGGAGCCCCCACACCAGCGAGGGGCCAGGCUCAGCACUCCCAAAGAAAGAGGCAAGCACGGCGCCGGAGGUGCUGGAGGCGAGCGAGGGCGGUGGCACCAUCGCCCAGGAGGAUUUCUGCUCGCUGCGGGGCUGUGCCCAGCCAGAGGGGAACCCCCAGCUCUGCCUGGCCCCCAGCGCCGGCCCCUGCGAGCCCCCCGCCGGAGAGCCGCAGCUCCAGGAGAAGCUCAAGCAGCUGCAGCUGGGCAGGAGCCCGGUGCCCAAGGCGGGCACGGCGCCCACAGACUCCUCCUGCCUGCUGACACCCCCCACCACCCCCCUGAACUUCGACUCGGGGAGCCCGGAGUCCCCGCAGGGCAAAGGGCUGCAGGAGCCCCGCAGGAACGGCACCAAGGGCGGCACCCCCGAAGGCUGCUCGCCCACCCCCUAUGACUACCCCACGCCGGAGUCUUCCAGCCGCAGCUCUGCCACCGACGACUUCUGCUACGUCUUCGUGGUGGAGCUGGAGAGGGGCCCCAUCGGGCUGGGGAUGGGGCUGAUCGACGGCGUGCACACCCCCCUGUGCUCCCCGGGGAUCUACAUCCGCACGCUGAUCGAGGACAGCCCCGCUGCUGCCGACGGCAGGCUCUCCAUCGGGGACCGCAUCCUGGCUGUCAACGGCACCAGCCUCAUCGGGGCGGACUACCAGAGUGCCGUGGACCUCAUCCGCUCCGGAGGGAAAAAGCUGCGGUUUCUGGUUGCCAAGUCGGACAUUGAAAUAGCCAAAAAAAUCAGUUCCAGCUCCUCUUCCUCUUAGUCCUCGUGGUGCAAGUAUCCUUCUGCAGCAGC